GUGGGGCACACAGAGCUGGAGUCCCUGUGCUGUGUGAGUCCUGAGGGCUGUGGCCGUGCUCCAGCUGACGUCCUGAGCAGGCAGCGUGGUAAUAAAAGGUGAUAGCUGCACCUGCUCACAGUUAUUCAGCUUUACAGUCACCAUAAUGGUGACAACCUUGGCCUCUUUAUUUAUUGCGUGUUAAUAAGCCCAAGCCAAAAUCCAUUAAUUACCAGUAAUGAUGUUUGGGUUGGACUUCCAACCCUUGCCAAUUCACCCUGGGAGCAGAGCAGGGCUUUUCCCAGCUCAUGUUUCCACAAUAAAACUUCCAAAUGUUGUGCUGCUGUUGCCAGUGGGGACUGCUGCCCUUUGCCAUAGGGCUAAGCUGGCAGAACCAGUGGCUGCACCGAGCUGUGAUCUUCCUGGCCAGACCCCUGUCACAGGCACAGGUGAGUGAAAUGGAAAGGGGAAGCCUCACUGAAGGGUGCCCAGCAGUGACGUGGUGCUGCCCAGGGCCAUGGGGCUAUGACAGCUGCUGUCCUAUAAUACCCACUGCCUGGUACCUGAGAAUACUUGCAUCCCUUCUGCUGCUUCUGGAUGUUCAUUAGAUGCCUCACUGAGCUGUCCUUAAUGUCACCCAGAGCAGAGGACUUCUGGGCAGAGGCUUAAUGCCCAUUGCUUGAGUGUGCCCAUUGCUUGAACGUCUACUGCUUUCCUAUCAGGCUGAUGCAUCUUGUCCUGCUGUUGUACCGCUGUAUAAGCCUCCAGUGCUCGUUAAAUCCCUUGUUACAGCUCUAUCAGGACAAAUCACUUUUAUUUUUAUACUGAGAUGAGGCGGGCAUAGCUGCAAAGCCUGGAGGGAUGAAGUGCAGGUGGCUCCUGCUGGGUGGGCACGCAUGGCCAAGCUGCUAGCAAGGCAUGGUGACCUUUCACUAAGAGUCCCUAGCAAGUUAGGAUGCUGGGGACGCCUCCAUUAACCUCUUGAUGUUUUAAUUUUAGGAUUUCACAUCAGUUUUCCUGGUGCGCUGGGGUCACUUUGGGGUUUGAGCGCGCUUGUUUGGCGGGUGCCAAGCUCAUACACUUGUUUACUGGGGGAACUCGAGCCGAGCAGGUGGCAGCAUCUGAACGCAGCCUCUGUGCCCUGUGCUAAUCACAGUGAAUGUCACAGCACGGCCGGGCUGCUCGCUGCACAGCGAUCGGGUAACACAGCACAACCCAGUUCAGGAGGGCACGUGCAGCUCCUGCAGGAGUGCUUUGGUGAGUGCUGUUGUGCCCAUGGGGCCGGAGCAAAGAGUCUUCAGGUUAGCGGGAUGCUGGUGGUUCCCCUGCUGCCUUCUGGAGGUGGCGCUGCUCACCCACAGCUCUGAGCAUGGAGCUGAGCCUUUCUAUACGUUCUGAUGGGGUAGUGGCUCCUGUAGGGUUCUGUGUGGUAUGUUUCCAUCUCAUACAGCAUCUGGUCGAGAUGCUGUAUGAACAACACGUAUGGGAGAUUGGGAGCAUGUGCAAGGUAGGGGUGAGCCUGGCCAAGCCCUUUAGUGGACCUGAAUUGCUUUUAUAGUGCUGCAGAGCAACACUUCUGGUCUGGGAGCUCCAUUUCAAGUGCUGCAGCCCACGCUUGAUUUUCAGGUGACAAAGGAGUGUGUGCUAUGCAAGAAAAUGAAGGGAGUGGGGGGAUGGUUAAUGCUCUGCUUACCUUUCACUACUUUUUUUUGGGUGUGUUUUUCAUUAAGCUUGAAAGCAGUUUCUUAUCGCGGCUGUAUCCAGGGGCCCUCCAGGCAUGAGUUAAAGCAAGACAAAUAUCUGGCACGAGCUCUGUUUUUUCCUUCUCUUCUCCCCAGGCAAAAAGAAUCAUACAGGUGUAGUGCAGUCGUUUGAGGAGGAUUUAGGGCACUGAGAACUGUGCAGCAUUUUGUCUGCUGGCUGCUUCUUGCAAGAGGCUUUUAUGUAGGGCUGUGAUUAAGAAGAAUGCGUGUGUGUUGGAGGAGUGCACAGGACUUUUCCCAGGGCCCUUUAUAGUUGUCCUCCAUGUCCUCUGGUGUCAAGUGAGAUGCCAGCUCUUCCUUUGCUAUGGUCUGGCCCAGAGGGACCUUUGGGAAGCCUUGGCAGGUGGAGGGACAUGGGUUUUUGUGCCACUUGGUGCCCUCCUGGCAGCAGAGUUGGGCCUGGCUCUUUAAGUCCAGUGAUGCAGAGACAUCCUGCGGGGGGCCAGCUUUGCUGUGGCAGAGCUGUGGGGUAAGGAGGAAAGCAGAUGCGCUGCUCAAGUCACCUGUUUCAUGUGGUCAUCUUGUUUCAGGCCAGUGAAGAUGCUGCAGUAGAUUACAGAUUUGCUCUUGCCUCGUUCUAUGGCUCUACAUGGCCUCAGCAGGACCACAACACAAUAACCUGGGUCCCAGGCAGGAGGAGAGCUUUGGCCUCAGGACCGAGCCCCCUCCAGCAGAGCGAGAACAACAGCGCCAAGUGUGGUGCCUCACCCCUCAGCAGCAGGCAAAACCCAUCUGGACUUUGGAAGGGCAGCACAUGGAUGCCCACCAGGAUCGUAUCCCGCUGCCCUCAGGGAUCCUUUUACAACAAUCCUGCUUCUUGUACCCUCCAUCACCGUGCCCGUCGCAUCCAAGUGAAAGUGCCCAGCCCUGCCCAGAGCUGUGUGGGAGCACGCUGCUCUAUCAGCGCUCCUGUCUGAAAGCCAAACCCUACCACUUUCCUUUCCAGACCUCCCAGGACACCAGCUCUGUCCCGGGAAGGGCAAUGUCUUCCUUGCUGAUGGAGCCCUUCCUGCCACCUGCACUACCUGAGGAGCAUGCAGGGUCUGGGCUGAAAGGCUCUGCCCGCUGCUUGGGCUCAGCUUGCCCUCAGCAGGCUUCCAGCUCCUGCAGACCAGUGCUCCACAGCCACUCUUUCCUACAGCCAAGCAGUGCUAAAGUGCCUUUGCUGCAGUCACCAGGAGUAAAGAAGCUGAAGAACACCCCCAGUUUUCCCAUCAUCACAUGGCCACACUCCAAGGCUGAUGGAGACUGCUUUUUCCGUAGCCCUGCAGUGCAAAGCAGUGACCAGGAACAAACCUCUAUCUCCUCACUGACCCUUGUGCCCAGCAGUGUGACCCUCAGGAAUAAGCAAUGCUCUUGGCCACUGGGGGAUGCUGAUAGGAAGGUGCACAGCUUGUGUGAGGCCGAGCCCAAGAUCAGUCUCACAGCAGCUGUGCAGCAGCUGGUUGGACAGACUGCCACCUGCAGUGGCUUUGGACAUGAAGUCAAAAGCUCUGGCCUUAGGAAUGCGGGCACCCUGUCCAAUAGGGACAGGUCGGGGCAUCACAUCACAGCACAACUCACACCAGAGGAAACCAUUGCUCCCCUGAACUUGGAGAUGGGCAGCCAUUGCCUUAAUGGUGACUCAAGCCUUAUAGGCACCGAUGGUGCUGUCGUCUGCACUAAACGGGUCAGUGUUCAUCUGCAGGCCUCCCGUGCCAGCUCUCCCAGCCUCAGUUCCAACUGCCAGCUCACAGGCACAACGACCCUGCAUAGCAGUGAGCAGGGAGCCGGAGCGGAGCCUCCACAGCUUGCUGCCAUCUCUGAAGUGGCCACUCAGAUGUCCAGCAUCCAACUGGAAGAAAAGGAGAAGUGUGCCUAUGCGGUGCUCCCAAAAAAGCCUAAGAAACGUUUCGAGUGCCUGUCCCAGCCCACUGAAGAUCAGGAGAAAGUGCUCAAACCAGCUCUUGUCUGCAGUUUAUUCCCUAACGUGCUUCCAACCAUCUACUUCAGUACUCGAGAUGAGAGAGUGGAAAAACUGCCUUUGGAGCAGAGGAAGCUGCUGCGAUGGAAAAUGUGCGCGGUCACGCCGGAUAUCGUGAAGGAAACCAUUAAGAGAUCUCACUUCAAAGUCAGCGAAAAAAGCUAUGACUGGCUGGGUUGUUGGGGCCAGCACAUGAAGUCCCCUGGCUUCAGAGCCAUCAGGGAGCACCAGAAGCUAAACCACUUCCCUGGUUCAUUUCAAAUUGGGAGAAAGGACUGUCUGUGGCGCAACCUGUUGAAGAUGCGAACUCGUUGUGGGAAGAAGGAGUUUAAUUUCUUCCCCCAGUCCUUCAUCCUGCCCCAGGACAUCAAAUUACUCAGGAAAGCAUGGAAGGAAGGAGCUAACCACCAGAGAUGGAUUGUGAAACCACCGGCAUCAGCAAGAGGCGUCGGCAUCCAGGUUAUCCACAAAUGGAACCAGCUGCCUAAAAGGAGGCCACUGCUUGUACAGAGGUAUUUGCACAAACCCUACCUCAUUGAUGGGAGGAAGUUUGACCUGAGGAUUUACGUGUAUGUCACUUGUUAUGAUCCCCUCAGAGUCUACAUGUUUGAGGAUGGAUUGGUUCGCUUCGCCAGCUGCAAGUACUCCUCCUCAAUGAAGAGCCUCAGCAACAAGUUUGUGCACUUGACCAAUUACAGCGUGAACAAGAAAAACGCCAAGUACAAAUCCAACUUGGAUGAGACUGCGACUGCGUGCCAGGGACACAAGUGGUCGCUCAAAGCUCUAUGGAAUUACCUGAAACAGAAAGGAGUUAACAGCGAGGCCAUCUGGGAGAAGAUUAAGGACAUCGUUAUCAAAACCAUAAUUGCAUCUGAGCCGUAUGUGAACAGCCUGAUGAAGAUGUAUGUGCGGCGGCCAUACUGUUGCCAUGAGCUCUUUGGGUUUGAUAUCAUGCUGGAUGAAAACCUCAAGCCCUGGAUCUUAGAGGUCAACAUUUCCCCAAGCCUUCACUCCAGCUCCCCUCUGGACGUGAGCAUCAAGGGCCAGAUGAUCCGGGACCUGCUUAACCUUGCUGGCUUUGUUCUGCCCAGCGCAGACAGCGUAGCCUUAAGUCCUGAUUCCACCUGCAGUCGGGGCAAUGCUUUGAAGGGGAAAACCAGACCACGCUCUGAGUGUUUCACAGCAGAGAAGUUGAAGAAGGCCUAUUACUUGACACAGAAGGUACCUGACCAGGAUUUUUAUUCUUCUGUCUUGGACUUCCUGACCCCGGAUGAUGUUCGUAUCCUGGUGGAAACAGAAGAUGAGUAUUCCCGGCGUGGGCAGUUUCAGAGGGUGUUUCCCACUCACAUCUCCAUGCGCUACCUGCACUUCUUCGAGCAGCCUCGGUACUUCAACAUCCUGGUGACCCAGUGGGAGCUCAAGUACUACUUGAAUAAACACAAAGGUCUGGAACUACUGAAGAAAUGGUGUGUCAAAGGCUACCACAAUGGGGCAGGGACGGAUUUGGCCCAGAUGUGGUCGUUGCCAAAGUCCUUCUUCCUCCAGAAAAGCAGCGGUCAAUCAAAUGGCUUCAGUAAACUGGAACUGGACAGGCUGGGCAACUUUCUGUCACCAAACAAUGGAGACCUCGUGAGAUGCCUGGAGCCCAGCCCUGCUCAGAGCUUACCUCUCAACAAAUGCACUGCUGGAGCUGACCAGAAACCUGAUGGCUGCCUCUCAGGCACCGCUGCCCUGGUGCAGUGAGCAGGCAGCUGCCUUCCCUCCCUGGGGACACCUCAACCUACCUCAAAGGAAGAGACAGAAGCUGGUUCUGGAGCACAAGUCCUGUGGAGCUCCCUGCACUGCACUCUUGCCCGUGGGCUGGUCCUGGAGAGAGCCGUGUGAUUCAGUUUUUAGAAAUGCCAAAACCUGGCCAAGUUGGAUUUGUUACUGUUGUUCAGGCCUGAUGCGGUGAUGGUUUCCUUGUUGGUGUAGGAUUUGGAUGAGCUGGGAGGCAGCUCCCUCUCUCCUUCCCUCACCAGUAUGGGUUGAACCCCUCCUUGCCUGUGUUGCUUUGCACUAACCCUGAGCCCCAGAGAGCCGGCAAAGUUGUCUGCUCUUCUCUUACUGCAGGCCAAGGCAGGGGAGGACCAGCUACCACUCUGCUGUUCUGGAAGGAGCAGGGCUUGGGCCUUUCAGCCCAUGGGUUUUUAUUCUGAGUACUUGUGCCCGCAUCCUCUGGCUUCUGCCCACUACUGGGGAGGGAGCAGCCCUUCACUGCAGUUGGCUCUGCGGUGCUCUGCAGUGUGCACACUGGAGAUGGGUGCUACUCUCCUGUUCUAUUUUUCCCCUUCGUUUCUCAAGAUGUUUCCAUUAAACUUUUGCACAUAGCU